CCCUCCGCUCAUUCAUCUCGUACCCAGCGCUUCUCCGCUCCGGCAGCUCGCGUCUCGCCGUCGUACCGAUACUUGUGGAUCUCACUGCUGCAGAGGGGAGCGCUGCAGUGAAGCCGCCGGCGCAGCGUCAGGUGCUGCGAUGGUGCACGGCCGCGCCGACGGUGGCGCUGCAGUGAAGCUUGCGGCGGUCGUCGGGGUGUUGCGGCGGAGCAUCGCCACACCAGCGGUGGCACUGCAGUGAAGCAUGCGGCGGUCGUGGCGGCGGUCACGGCGGCGCUACAAUGAAGCACGCGGCGGUCGUCGGGGUGCUGCCAUGAAGCACGGCUGCGCCGGCGGUGACGCUGCGAUGAAGCAGACGACGGGCGUCGGGGUGUUGCGACGGAGCAUUGUCGCGCCGGCGGUGGUGCUCCAAUGAAGCAGUGCGGCGGCUACCGGGCUGUUGCGAUGGAUCACCGCCGCGCUGUUGUGGUGCUCUAGUGAAGCAUCGCCGGCGCUCGUCUGUGGAGCAUCUCUGCGCUAGCAGCGAGGGGACGCAGUUCCUGCUACGAGCCGGGGUGGUGCUGCUUCCCCACGACGACGUGAUUGUGUUUCUUCACUGCGGUUGCAAUGAGAGGAGAAGGACCAUGCUAAUGCGUUGACCGGUCCAACAGCUAUGAGGGGAUGGAUCCAACGACUCAACACCAGAUCGGACGGCUAGUUAGCCGGAUGAUUUUCUAGCAAAUCAUCCGGCUGAUUCGUAGCAGCCGCCAAAGAAAAAGGAGUACUUACUAGUACGUAAUUUUGUGACCGGAGCGAACGAGGAUCUUGAACACAACGGCAUCCGCACGAGGCGACGCCCGCCGAGCGCCCAGCGGAGUCCUAAUCCAAGCAAAAUCUAUAUGUUGCCGAUCAGAUCAUCGCGCUAAGCCCGCGGCCUCCAAACCCUCGCCAGCCAAGCUCCGCCUCGCCUCGCCUCGCCGCCAUCCCCGCGCGCCCCGUUGACGAAUCCAAAACCCCUCGGCGCCGGCGGCGGGCUCGCCCGCCAUGGCCAGCGACGACGAUUGCUACGACUACGAGUAUGACUACGACGAAGACGAGGAGGAGGAGGAGGAGGCUAUGGAGGCCGACGAGGACGGCCUGUUCGAGGACGACACGCCGAUGCCGGAUCGCCCCGCCGAUUGCUGGGCAAUUACACAAGAGUCUCUUUCCACUGCACAGCAACAAGAUCUAUCCAUGGUAAUGAACUUGCUCAACGUCAAGCAGCACAACGCUCGUGCUCUCCUCAUCCACCAUCGGUGGAAGAUAGACUGCAUCUACGACCACCUCGACAGGAAGGGGCGAGACCGCAUGUUCAGAGAGGCAGGCAUCGUGCUUCAGGAGAAUAUCAACGGCAAGGCGCUGCCCUCAAGAGUGGUGAACUGCAUGGUGUGCUUUGAUGAAUUCUCUGUGGGUGCCGUCUCCAUCAUGGAAUGUGGCCAUUAUUUCUGCAAUGACUGUUGGACGGAGCACUUCAAGGCGUCUGUGGAUAGCGGCAAGAAGCAGAUCCGGUGCAUGGGGGUGAAGUGCCCGGUGGUGUGCGACGAGGCCGUGGUGCAGCAGCUCCUCGCCGGCAAGUACCCCGACGCGGCCAGGCGCUUCGACCGCUUCCUCCUCGAGUCGUACCUCGAGAACAACGAGUCGGUGAAGUGGUGCCCGAGCGUCCCGCACUGCGGCCGCGCGAUCCGCGUGGGCGCCGGCGAGCGCUACACCGAGGUGGAGUGCCCCUGCGGCCUGGGCUUCUGCUUCGCGUGCGCGGCCGCCGCGCACUCGCCGUGCCCCUGCACCAUGUGGGACAUGUGGGAGGUCAAGUGCAACGGCGAGUCGGAGACCGUCAACUGGAUCCUCGCCAACACCAAGAGCUGCCCCAAGUGCUUCAAGCCCAUCGUCAAGGACGGCGGCUGCAACCUCGUCACCUGCAAGUGCGGCCAGCAUCUAUGUUGGAAGUGCGGCGGCGCGACGGGGUUCGCGCACAACUGGGACAGCAUCGACGGCCACAGCUGCAACCGCUUCGUGGGGGAGGAGAAGAAGAAGGUGGACAACGCCAAGCGCAACCUGCACCGCUACACGCACUACUACGACCGCUUCAAGAUCCACGGCGACUCCCACAAGCUGGAGCACGACAUGCUCGGUCCCGCCAUCGAUGAGCGGGUGAAGGUGCUAGAGGCGCUGCGGGACCAGUCCCUCAUCCAGGACGCCAGCUGGCUCACCGAGGCGCACCGCGGCCUCCUGCAGUCACGCCAGGUGCUGUCGCGCUCCUACGUCUUCGCCUACUACAUGUUCGGCGACGACGACAAGGUGCGGACGUGGCCCGCGAACCGCCACAGCCUGCCCAUCGCGCAGGGCCUCUUCGAGAACUACCAGGAGGAGCUGGAGAGCAACGUGGAGCGCCUCUCCAAGGUGCUCGCCACCGAGUACGGGCCGGUGCCGGACGAGGACGACGUCCGGCGUGACAAGCAGAACGCCAUGAAUCUCACCAAGAUCGUGCAGACGCGAUGCGGGGAGAUCUACAAGUGCAUCCAGGACGAGCUGCUGCCGCUGCUCCUCGACCCCAUGAUCAUCGCCGCCUACCGGCCCCGCGGCCCCGACAAGGCCAAGGAGUUCACGGCCUGAUGAGGAGGAGAUUAGCUCCUCUAGUUUUUUGGCCGUGACGGCAGGUGGCUGUAAUGUGCUGCAAGGCCAAGGAGUUCAUGGCCUGUAGUACUAUUGGACAGUCUCUCGCUGACUGUCUGGGCAGCCACACCGGACAGGAAAUGGCUUCAGGAAGGCAGCUCGAUAGGAGCUGCAUUUUUUUCCCAUUGGAUUUUGUAGUACCAGAUUCAGAAGCCCAAAGAGUAUUCUGUAUACUGUAUAUCAUUUGGGCGAGAUUCAAAGAGUAAAACACGUCGUUUGUCUA